CCCGACGCCGAGUCCCGACUGAACACAUGCGGUGUGUUUGGUGUGUGUUCUCAGAGAGGACAGUCUCAGGAUGUCUCUGAGCGGUGUGUUGUGCUGCAGCGAAAGAGAGACAGUACACACACACACUGAUGGGGACGAGGGGGAGGGGCGGUGUGUGUGAGAGAUCACGAGAACAAAGAUUACAUCACCACACAGAGAACCAACCAGAACAGUAGCCACUACUCGAAUUUCCAUACUCCCAGCAUGCACCUCUGUAGUCUGAGACACAAAAUAAAACAAGUUUAGAAUUUUGAAGUUUAUAACGGUUAGUUUGGGGAAUUAUUACACCUCUGAACUCCAUGUAGUGUGUGUGUAUUCAGGUCAGUUCUGUGAGUCUCCUGAAGGAACUUGGUGUGUUUUGUGACUUACCAUGGACAGGAAACUUUGUGAGGAACCUCAGUACUUAUACGGGAUGUUCAGGCCACUUGUUUGUGCUUGCUACGGCAGCACAUAUACUAAAAUUGGAACGAUACAGAGAAGAUUAGCAUGGCCCCUGCGCAAGGAUGACACGCAAAAUCGUGAAGCGUUACCAUAUUUUUCACUCUUCGAUAGCACAAAAAUAUUUAUACGGUGAUGGAAAAUACAAUUCAUCUUUAUCGACAGUAUUACACAUAUAAAGAUGUCAACCGACCAUAUGGAGAAACCUACUGCAUUUCAGAAAUCCGAGAAACAAGCUUUGUUCAGAUCUCCUCCUUUAACGAUCCAGAUUUUCUGAAGCAGUUGGAGAUGGCAAUCAAAUAUGGCUCUCCUUUCCUGUUUCAAGACGUAGAUGAGUACACCGACCCCGUCAUCGACAACGUCCUGGAGAAGAACGUGAAAGGAGCCGAGGGACGGCAGGUCAUUGUGCUGGGAGACAAGGAGGUCGACUACGACCCCAACUUUAAACUGUAACUCAACACCGAACUGGCAAAUCCCAAAUAUUCACCGGCGGAAAGCCAUGGUCAUAAACUACACUGUUACGUUAAAAGGUCUGGAGGACCAGCUACUGAGCGUCAUCGUGGGCUUCGAGCGGAAAGAGCUGGAGGAACAGAGGGAGCGUCUGAUUCAGGAGACGAGCGAGAACAAGCGUCUCCUCAAAGACCUGGAGGACUCCCUGCUCCGAGAGCUCGCCACGUCCACGGGCAACAUGCUGGACAACGUGGAGCUCGUCCACACGCUCGAGGAAACCAAGUCCAAAGCUGCCGAGGUACAACAUAACCACAUACGUGAACUCUUAAAGGAAAAAUCCAUUCCCACUAGCAAGCGAUAUGAGUUUUUUUAGUCUUUGUUCACGGCACGCAGACGUGAUUCACUCAAAAG